AUUAGGGGGGCCUGGCCCACCUGAGUUCCUGCACCACCACCACCCAGCAACAGAAACAUCAGAUGCAAUGGAUUGGCUUCCUGACAAGACAGCAGCUGUGCUGUUCAUCUUAAUGGUGUCCCUGGAGUUCAGCACUUCUCAUUUCCAUACUGAGGUGAGAGAACUGAAUGAAAAUGGUGUUGAGAGAUGGAGAAAUGAUCGGAGGCAGAAACGAGAAUGGAUUAAAUUUGCUGCAGCCUGCAGGGAAGGUGAAGAUAAUUCAAAGAGAAAUCCAAUUGCCAAGAUCCGAUCAGAUUGUGAAGAAACUCAACAAAUUACUUAUAAAAUCUCUGGAGCAGGAAUUGAUAGUCAUCCCUUUGGAGUAUUUAUUAUUAAUCAAAGAACUGGUGAAAUUAAUAUAACAAAAAUAGUAGAUCGAGAGGAGAACCCAAUUUUUGUUAUUCAAUGUUUUGCUUUGAAUGCUAUCACUGGGGUAUCAGUGGAAUCACCACUUGAACUUCGAGUUCGGGUUCUGGAUGUAAAUGACAACCCACCAAUAUUUACACAAACUACCUUCGCAGGAUCAAUUUUCGAAAGCAGCAUGGAAAACACCUUAGUACUGAAAAUCACUGCUACCGAUGCAGAUGAGCCAAACAAUCUGAAUUCCAAAAUUGCCUACAAGAUAGAGAGUCAGAAUCCUGGAGGCCCAUCGAAGUUUAUUUUGAACACAGAGACUGGAGAACUUCACAUUGCAAAUAUCCUUGACAGAGAGGAGCAUGGUAGCUACUCUCUGCUUGUGAAAGCCACAGACAGGAAUGGAGGUCCGGAUGGAAUCUCUUCUGAAUGUUUUUGUGAAGUUACUGUCCAAGAUGUGAAUGAUAACUUUCCAACUCUUUCACAGAGCUCGUAUUCAGUAAGCAUUUCAGAAAAUUCACUCAGUCAAGAUCUGAUGAGGAUACAGGUUUUUGAUGCAGAUCAAGAAUAUACAGAUAAUUGGUAUGCACAAUUCUACUUCAUAAGUGGGAAUGAGAACAACCACUUUGAAAUAAUAACAGACCAAACAACUAAUGAGGGUAUUCUGAGAGUUGUGAAGGAAAUUGAUUAUGAACAAUUCUCAAGCAUACCUUUGAGCAUUGGUGUUCGAAACAUAGCUCCUUUCCACUAUUCAGUGGCUUCUCAGUAUCAAGCUCAUGGUACCCCAAUAAUGGUAACUGUAAUCAAUGUUAAUGAAGGACCAGCAUUUAGUCCAUCUACAAUAACUGUCACUGCAUCAGAGGGCUUAACAAAUGAAAAUAUACUUACUUACAAAGUUGGAACAUUUGAAGCCGUUGACCAGGAUACAGGGACAGUUGCUACUAAUGUCCGCUAUAUGAUGGGACGUGAUCCAGCUGCCUGGUUUCAAAUCAACCCCAAAACUUCUGUCAUCACUUUUAAAAAAGUGAUUGAUCGUGAGUCAAUCUAUGUAGUCGAUGGGAAAUACACAGCAGAAAUUCUAGCUAUUACUACAGGCAGACCUGAGAGAACAGCCACUGGUACCAUUGUGCUUACAAUUAAAGAUGUAAAUGAUAACUGCCCAACUGUGACAAAAGAAAUUAGAAAAGUAUGUAUGAACAGUCCAUCAAUAGUAAUCACAGCGAACGAUCCAGAUGCUCAUCCAUUUGGAAUACCUAUUACAUUUUCCAUAGUCAACCAGCCUCAGCCAGCUAUAUGGAAAAUCAGAAUAGUGAAUGAAAACUCUGCAGAAUUGUUCUCUCAGAAUAUGCAAUUUUAUGUAUAUGAAAUCCACAUUCAAACGACAGACAACAGUGGCAGAAGCUGUGAAAGGCCACAUAUAGUCCCAUUGCAAGCCUGUCACUGUGAUCAUAAUGGAAUAUGUAUCAGUGGUGCUACUCAAAGGAUUGUUGGUGGUGGCAGUGCUGGUGGCAGUGCUGGUGGAGGAGGAGCUGGUGGAGGAGGAAUGGGUGGGGGAGGAGGAGGAAUGGGUGGGGGUGGGGGAGGAGGAGGAAUGGGUGGGGGAGGAGGAGGAGGAGGAAUGGGUGGGGGAGGAGGAGGAACGGGUGGGGGAGGAGGAGGAACUGGAACUUGGGGUGGUGGUGGCAGUGCUGGUGGCGGUGCUGGUGGAGGAGGAACUGGUAUAGGUGGUGGAGGAGCAGGAGGAACAGGUGGAGGAGCAGGAGGAACAGGUGGAACAGCAGGAGGAACUGGAACUUGGGGUGGUGAAUCUGGUACUGGAACUUGGGGCGGUGAGUCUGGUACAGGUGGUGCUGGUGGAGGAGCUGCUGGCAGUAUUGGAGGUGAUAUGGGUGGAGGUAAUGGUUAUGAUGAUUAUCGCGACACUUAUGGUGGGAAUAUUGGCCAAAGAGCAUUAGGCUCAACAACACUUAGUGCCACUGCCGUCGGACUGAUGUUUCUUGGAGGACUAAUAUUUGUGCUGGUUCCAAUUCUAAUGUCACAGUCUGACUGCUGUGGCUAUUGUGGCUCUGGUCCUGUUGGUGGAAGUGGAGGUGUUGGGUUUGAGCCUGUGCCUGAAUGCUCAGAAGGGGCUAUUCAUUCAUGGGGAAUCGAAGGAGCACAGCCCGAAGACAGGGACGUUUCAAAUAUUUGUGCGCAACAAGUAGCUACAAGUAGAGGUGAUUUUGCUGAUUCCUCGGAUAUCUAUACAACUAAGUAUGGAGAUGGAGGGAUUGUGAGCUCAGGAGUUGAAGAAACUACAGGACUUGGAGCUGUUAAAGGCUAUGGAACAACUGUAGGUUAUGGAACAACCACAGGCUAUGGAACAACAGGAAGAAAAGAAGCAUUUGGAGGGACGAUAAAAGAAUAUAGAGAAAGUGGAGUGAAUAUGGCUUUCUUAGACAGUUAUUUUUCUGAGAAAGCUUUUGCCUAUGCAGAUGAAGAUGAAGGCAGACCUGCAAAUGACUGCCUACUGAUAUAUGAUCAUGAAGGUAUAGGCUCUCCUGUUGGUUCCAUUGGCUGUUGCAGUUUCAUUGGAGAUGACCUGGAUGACACCUAUCUGGAUACACUGGGACCAAAGUUUAGGACUCUGGCAGAAAUCUGCUUGGGUGUAGAAAUUGAGCCCUUCCCAGAUGCCACCAUGCCUCGGCCACCACUUCCCAAUCCUGAACUUGAUAUCAGCCUGCCACCACCUGGAACUACCAUUAUUGUUAAUACAUCUUCACCUAUGCCUCCACCUCCUCCUGUUGGCAGCACAACGGUUGUUACUGAGAACACAUACACAACUACUUCCAAUGUUCAGCCUCCAAGACCUAUGCCACCUGACCCUAUGCUUCAUGGUAAUGUAGUGGUGACGGAGACUUACACAUCUGGGUCAACAAUGAAACCUCCCACAAUCAAUGUUGAUCCCCUAUGUGCAUCAAAUGUAGUGGUAACAGAAAGGGUGCUUGCUCCUUCCAAUGUCACUGAUAUACAUGGCAUGAUAGAUAUUCCUGAGCUACCAGAAGGGUCAAAUGUUGUGGUCACAGAAAGGGUAAUUGCACCUAAUUCAAGGAUACCCACUUCUAUGAGCAUUCCUGAUUUGGCUGAUGGGUCAAAUGUAGUUGUGACAGAAAGAGUUAUUCGACCUGCCGCUAGCUUCCAGGGCAAUUUAAGCAUUCCUUCUGAAUUAUCAAGUGGACGUAAUGUGGUUGUUACAGAAAGAGUGGUGUCUGGGGCAGGUAUGAGUGGCAUCAGCGGUAUGAGUGGCAUCGGCGGUAUGAGUGGCGUCGGCGGUAUGAGUGGCGUCAGCGGUAUGAGUGGCGGUGGUAUGAGUGGCGUCGGAAGUCUAGGUGGCAUCACAGGCCAGAUGCUCAGUCCUGAUAAUCUCCUAAGCCAGACAAUUGGAUCUGCUUCCCCUGGCACAACUAGAAGAAGGGUAACCAAGUACAGCACAAUUCAAUAUUCUAAUCCAUAAGGCCCCUUGUGGUUACACACUGUUGCAAAGCUUCUUAUUUAGAACCUUCCCCCCACCCCAGAUUCACCACUGAAUGAUAUUUUUAUUUAUACAUAGCAAAUCACACUAGAGAGGGGGGAAAGAGAUUCUUGAUUUUUAAAAAGAAUCUCUUAAAAGUUAUUCCAUUCCAAAAGGAAAUUCAGAGGUACUGCCAAUAUAGGAAGCUUGGGUACAUUUUUUCAAAUGUUAUAGGGUACAUAAUAGUGUUCAGAAACCAUUGGUACAGCCUUUUGUAUGUACCUAGUGUUGAAGAGUCUUGUUGGUUUACAGAUCACUUUCAUUCAGUCAUUUAGUGAAAGUGCUCUGUAUUUGUUCACCUUUUUUUCUUUCUGCCAGCAUGACAAGGAAAUGAAACUGAGCUCCAGAUAACAUUUAGAAGAAGCUUGGAACACUAGCUGAGCUAUUUCACUCAGCUCUGAAGCUGCUUGCCUUAUUGCAUAGCACUUGUAUAUAAUCUGUUCUGAGUAAUAACACCAGAUGUGAUGGAUGCGUAGUUCAUUUACAUAUACCACACAGGCAAUCAAUAUAGCAGACUUUUACAGUGAGAGGCACUGCUCUAGCAGUAGAAGGUUUCAGAAAGUAUAAGGUUUAAACUGAAUGUUACAUGUCACAGCUAUAUUUAUGAAUGAUGAGGGCGUGUUUACCUGCAAGCCCACUUUGCACAUCAUCAGAUCUCAGAAAACAUCAUCACUGUUCUUUAGAAUAUUCUGUGAUGAAGUGUUUGAAUACAAGCUCUUCCCUUUUAGCCAUACAGAUUGGCUUGGGUAUGAAACUAUUAGCAAUGUUAGGCUGUAUGUCCAGUUCCUCUAGCUUUCUACUUAUUUUUUAUGUAUGCUUACAUACAUACCUUACUGUAUGUAGUUUAUUGGCAGAAAAGAAAUAAAAGAGGAUGGUAAAAUUUUGAUAUCAAAAAGACCACGCAAGAUAGAUUGUGCAGGAAUGAGAGAAGGAAUACAUAGUAUUAUAUUUUUAAAAUAAAUUUGAAUAUUAAAAAGAAGAAAUAUGCUCUGCCAAAUCUGUAUUUCCACAUUAACUUAUUUGACUAAAUGUUUGCCAUAAAGUUUUACAUGCUACUGCAGACACUAAGGCUGAAAUCCUAUGUAUGCUUGCAUAGGACUUCCCAUUUAAAUCAGUGGGAUUCUUAUAUGAGUAAAUGUAUUAAGGAUUGUGCCGCACAAAUCUUUUCUGUGUUGUUCACUACUUUCACUGAUAGUUUAUAAAACAUAUUCAGCUGGGUUAAAAAAAAUUGAAAAUAUAUCAUCUAUUGUUUGGGGUCCAAAGAGUUACUUGAGAGAGAGCUUCUAUAACUGGAUGUACCCAGUGGGAUUUUUUAACUCCUCCACCACCACCACCACCACCACCACUUUGAUAGCACAUGCAGUGCUAGAUGAAAACACUGACAAAUGACAAGACAAUGCUAAUGAAGGUAAAGACUCUUGUGUUGGCUGUUGCAAGUUAAUUAGAAAUAAUCUCCCAUCAUUUUCAAAAAGAGCUUGCCAUGUGGCAUGGGGUACUGCUAUCUGAGGUUUACAGUUAUAAAGCCCCUUGGGCAGGCAGAAGCAGUUGCCUAGUUCUUUGGGUCCUGGCUUCCAUGUUUUAGUUAUGUACCAUAUGUAAACUAAAAGUAACUGCAAUGCAGAAAACACACAUUGUAGUGUAAAUACAAUAGUGAUUCACAAGAAUCCACCCCACCCCCCAGCUAAACUUGUAAUAAGCAGUUCUCUAUAUCUUGGAUGUUUCCCAUUAUUUGAGGUAGGCAUAUGCAGACAUUUUAGGACACUGUUUUAGAGCUACUUAGCACUACUUCCACUGCUACAUUUCCUUGAUUACAUGUAUUUUCUUCUGUUUGAAGAUUUUUCAGCUUCACCAAACAAACUACCAAAGCUUCUUUAGAUUACAGGUUAUAUAGAGAUAGGGGCUUAACAUCCUGCCUAAAUUACUCAGUACAAAUCCUAUUAAAAUAAGUAGUCCAUUAGAAAACUGUUACAAUCACACAACAAUAAAUCCCCCUCCUUUCCUUUUUUUUUUUUAAAGGCUUUUUGAAAUUAUUGAAAAUGUGUGUAGAGAAACUGUCAGAAAUAGUUGAACAGGCACAUAUUUCCCAUGUCAAGAGAGCCAGAUGCGACUAAGCAGGUACUGCAAUCUUAUCAGGUACUAGUAACAUCUGGCUUUUAAUUGCAAAGAUGUUUACCUUCAGCCAUUGUCCAGACACUUCACUACUCCCAUUUUAAAACAUGUGCAAGGAAAUGCAACUUUAGAAGCAACCUUUAGAAAGUACCUGUUCAGAUUUCUUUGGAUCUGUGCAGUUUCAGAGGUUUGUCUCUUAAAUACUGUAAAAGCAUAUCUACACUCUCAACCUUGAUCAGUUUUAUACAGUUUAGCGACAAUAGCUUCCCCUCAGGAUCGUGGAAAUUGUAGUUUUUUUAUGUACUGCUGAGAAUUCUCUGUUGGAGUUUCCUAGCCUCCCUCCCUCAACUACAAUUCCCAAGAUUCGCUAUAUAGUAAUAUUCUAACUAUAUUAUGUAGAUAUGCACAUAUGUUGUUUAUGUAUGAACUAAUGCCCAUUGCAGAAACAAACGCCAUUGUUCCUAUUUCAUUUGUAAAGGAUUCUCUCUUAUGAUUGAAAUAAGAUGUGUAUUUUAUGUAAAAUCUCUGCCAGGUAUUUGAUAUUGAUUUGGUUAUUGUCAUAAAUGUUAAUAACUAUUAUUGCGGAACAGCACAAAUCCCUUAUUCAAAUGGAGUACCACUUCAUUGUUCUUAUGGGAAAGUCCUGAACAAUGUGAACAGGAGUGGCUGCAAAUUUACGGGAAAGAUCAUUUAGUUUUACAAACUAAGAUUUAAGGGAAAUAUUUUCUCUUUACGUUCAACUAACGCAAAGCCAGCUAGUCAAAUUACUCUCCCCAGUAUAUAUCAUACACACAUACUAUGAUAAAUAUUAGUGUGUGCCUUUUAAAAAAGAUAUGCAUCCUUUCACAGUACAUUUUAUGCUAAUAAAAAUGUAAUUUCCAUGUUACAUUACUGUAAUUCUCAGAGUCACACGUUUUUUCUUUGUUACUUUGUUGGAAUGAAUUUUAUAUUUGAAUUUGUCUGGGAGUAAAUCUAUCACAAAAGCAUAACUUUUAAAAUGAAAGUGUUUUGUGGAAUAAAGACUUUCUGUCUUGGUUAGUUCUAGUUUUCAAUGAUACUCUUUACAAAGAUUUUGUUGAAUGCUUACAAAUAGGCUUUAAUACUUGCUUUACUUGCUUUCUCAAUUAUAAACUACCAAUAACUCAUUUCUUUAAGUUGCAUGCCCAAAGCAUUUCUGAACGUUAACUCCCAUUGCUCUUUCCCCCCCUGAUGUGAUCGGGUUUAUUUUUUAUUUUUUAUUAAGUUUUGUUUGUGAGUUACUGCUGGAGCUCUGAGAUUACAAUCAAUUGGCAAACGUUUGUUUUAAGAUGUAAAGCAAUUGUUCAGUUAAAUAAAAACUUCUG